AUGAACCACUCCCCAUUAGACUUAGAGGAUGCUGAGAGGGCUCAAGAGAGGAAGAAGGCGCAGGCCUACAAUGCUUUGGUGGACAGUGGCAUCAACGAUCCAGAGUUGCUGGAGAGUGUAGCUGGUUUCACCCCACUGAUUCCCAGGCAGAACAUACCAGGCGCCCCCAAGGAACCGCCCUCCACUGCACCUUCGUCCACGCCUGCACCCAAUCCACAGGCUGUACCCUCUGGCGGGGGCUUCUUCUUCGAGGAAGACGAUGACUUCAAGAGCCAGGUGCCCAUCAGCCAGCUUGAGCCGGUUGACGCCGCGGCCAUGGAUCAGCAGAUGCCAUUGCUGUUAGAGAAUGAGAACAUCCCAGAGAUGCCAAGAAAACUGAGCGUGCCCAAGAUCUUCAUCGGCACCAGGACCCACAAGCAGGUGGAGCAGAUCGUUAAGGAGCUCCGCCGCACCGCCUACAGCUCAGUCAAGAUGGUGGUGUUGUCAUCCCGGGAACAUUCUUGCAUUCAUCCCAUAGUGAGCAACUCCUUCAACAAGAACGAAAAAUGUCGAGAGCUUACCGACGUUCACAAGGGAGUUUUAUGCAGUUACUAUCAUGGUGUCAAUAGGAUCAAGAACCAUGAAUUCCUGGCAAUUAAUGGGGGCCUGGAGGGGGCCUGGGAUAUAGAGGACCUUUUGCGGGUGGGCCAUAAGGUCAAUGCCUGUCCCUAUUUUGCUGCUCGGUCCCUCAUGGCAUCUGCUGAGUUGGUGAUUUGUCCCUACAAUUACCUUGUGGACCCUCUCAUUAGGCAGUCGAUGAACAUCUCCCUUAAGAACCAUGUAUUGAUAUUGGAUGAGGCACACAACAUUGAGGACUCUGCAAGGUCUGCUGCUUCUUGCUCUGUCACUCAGACGGAAAUGAAGGAAACUUGCAGCCACCUCAGGGAAUGGAAGUCACAUGAAAAAGAGUGUGACAAACUGGCCAACAUGAUAUCUGCUCUGAGUGGUUGGAUAGAUGAAAAUAACCACAACCUUUCAGACUAUACAGAGUAUGGACGGUCAGGGAAAAUCUAUACAGGCACAGAAAUUAUUGCUGUCCUUGACCACUUGGGUAUUGGAAGGCAAAACUACAGUGAACUGGAGAACUGUUUCACAACAUUAUAUGACAAGCAGCUCAGUGAAGAAGGUGAAAUGUCUCUGAAUGCUGUGACCAAAAAAGUUCUCCAGGAUAUCUUUCUCGUGCUCUCCUUUUUGUUCAUGGACAACAUGAAGCACAAAGAUGAUUAUCGUGUUGCUAUAGUAAAGGAACAAGUUAGGAAGAAAUCUGGUCAGGGAGAUGGAUGGUACAGCAGAAAUUCUUUCCUUGAGCUAGAGUACUCUAUCAAAUUCUGGUGCCUCAACCCGGCAGUGGUGUUUAGCCCCCUCAGCAAUGUAACCCACAGCAUCAUAUUGACAUCAGGAACACUUUCUCCCAUUACUUCCUUCCAGUCAGAAUUGGGCGUGUCCUUCAAAAUUCAGCUGGAAGCAAAUCAUGUCAUUGACCAAAAUCAGGUAUUUGUUGGUACUGUUGGUCAUGGUCCUCGUGGCAAACCUUUGCAGGCCACCUUCCAGCACACAGAGAGCUGGGAAUUUCAGGAUGAACUUGGAGAUUUGGUGUUAAAUGUGUGUCAGACAGUACCAGCUGGUAUCUUGUGCUUCCUGCCCUCAUAUUCCAUGCUAAACAAACUACAUGAUAGAUGGCAGAACACUGGUGUAUGGGAUGACAUCAGUAAAAUAAAGAAAGCUAUGACAGAACAGAAGAAGGGAGAGGACUUUGAGAGGGACAUGAUAAAUUUCUAUACUACCAUCAGAAAUGCACAAACAGAGAGAGAAAGUAACAUCAAUGGUGUUUUCUUCAUGGCUGUGUACCGAGGGAAGGUCAGUGAGGGAUUAGACUUCACUGACGACAAUGCCCGAGCUGUUAUAGCAGUUGGCAUUCCCUUUCCCAACAUAAAAGACAUCCAGGUAGAUUUAAAAAAGAAGUACAACAAUACCUUUCAUCGCUCUAGAAAACUGUUAUCAGGAAGCGAGUGGUAUGAAAUCCAGGCUUACAGAGCACUUAAUCAAGCUCUUGGAAGGUGCAUUCGUCACCGCUAUGACUGGGGUGCCCUAUUACUGGUUGACCUGCGCUUUCAAGGUAGAUGCUAUUCAAAAACUCACCAAGAGAACCACUAUACCCGUGGCCUUUCUAAGUGGGUGAGGAACAAGAUUGUCCACUACCAAAAUUUCUCCACAGCCACCAACAGCCUUAGUGCAUUUGUGAAGAACAUGAUGACAAAUCCUCCCCAACCACCAAAUAGGCAUGAUGAAAUAUCAGCUUCUUCAUUUGAGUCCAUGGGUGAGGAAAAGGUCCAGAGUUCUCUCACAAGAGAAAUGUUUCUUGAUAAGUGUCCAAUGAAGUCCUCCCAAAAUGUCAAUACCUGUGAUGAAUUAAAGGAUAACAACUGCCAUGAUCAGAAGGAAUGUAAUGCUGCAGUGAACAGGAAAAAAACUCAAAGCAGUCAGGAAAAAUCUGCACAAAGAUGUGAGAGUGACAGUUGUGAAUCUAGUAAGGAAAAUGAGAAAAUAUUUUCCCAGAGCAGAAAAAGACCACUGAUGGCAAUGGACUAUGAAGACUUGGACGACUUCAAUCUUACCCUUAGUCCAAGUACUCACCAGGCACAUCAGCCUCCACCCCAAAUGAGGAAGAGAGUUGGGCAGAAAAAAGGUGUAAUUUUCAGUGACAUAGAAUAAAGUAUAUAUGGUCAACACAUCUAAUCAAAAUUGAAGAUUGUGGUUGAUUUAUUUAACUAUGUUAAGAAAAAAAUUACAGUUUACCUUAUUCUUUUGAUAGGCCAAUUUGUUUUACUAUUUUGAUAUUUAUGAUUUAAGCCUACAGUCUUAGGCCAAGUAAUUGUUUUCAUUAUUUUUUUUUCUGAAAUGUCAGUAAGAUAACAUCUGGAAUGUAUAUGAAUUGUUUAUGUAUACAGUACAUUAUAAUUUUAUUUAAUGGAAACCAUAACAAUGUUAGCUAGUGCCCUUUUUUUACUGUUAUUACUCUCUGAUGCAAAAGUAAAAUCAAAUGUCAUGUU